AGACGAGAACAAUGCCGAAUGAGUAAGUGGAUGAAAUGGAGCCAUAAAUGACGGCUGCUGUCUGGUGUUUCCAGGUGCGGAGCGGCGAUGUCUCAGAGCUGAGGACGGUCUCGUACAACAUGGAGUCUGGAGAGCGGCAGGAGUCCCCGUCCCCGUCGCCGGCCCCGUCCUCCCUUCACGUGGCCUCCUCUUCAACCAGCUCCUCCCCGGCUCCUCCUCAAACUCUCACCGCCAAGUUUAGUCCAGUCCACAGUCCUGACAUGAGCUCUCAUCUCGCCGCCUGUGGUAAUUUGCCGCAGAUGACCAGAGACGAACGUGUCAAUUUAUCUGGCACCUCCAACGGCUUUAGCCUGGCCGGUCAUCCAGCGUUUGGCCUCUACACAUCCGGUUCGGGCCGCUCGGAGUUCGGAGGCCUGGGAAGUCUGGGUUUGUCCGCCAUGGCUGCUCACUCGCAGUUCGCCGCAUUUCCUGAUUGGUGGCGUCCGUCUGAAGCACACACCAGAGGAGCAGCAGCCUUCUUUCCUCCUCUUCUCGGGUUGCACCCUGCGUUCGUAUCCAGCUUGAAAAGACACAAUGCAGCUGAUUUACAAUCACACGCCUCAGGUAGUGUAGGUGUGAACGGAGCGGUAAAUGGCAGGAGUGCAUCCAAUUCCGCCGCGAACGCCGUCAUGAGCGCCAGUUUAUUUCCAGCGAAGGUGAAUAAAGAGCAAACUCAAGCCGACGGCAGCCGGAGUCAAAAGAGCAGCCGUGAGCCGGGCCACCUACGCCUGAAGACCAAUCAGAGAACCAAGGAGAAGAAACCCCACAAAAGACAAGCGGAGACGUCCAGCAUGAGCGGCAGCCAAUCGGGGUCCCUGACGGAGAGCUCCACUGACGGCGGGGAAAGCAGCAGUGACAACAUGGAGGAAGAAGAAGAAGAUGAUGAUGAGGAGGAGGAGGAGAGCAGCGACAGUGAAGACUCCGACUCUGAGAAAGAGAGUGCCGUCAAAGGGAAAGCCAAACGGCUGACACAAAACCAGAGUAAAAAGAAGAGACCUUGCGCCGCCGACAGAAACGCGGCUCCAGACCGUCGUCGUGACGGCGUUCCUUCCACUUAUCACGUCCAGACCUGCUCUCGUCCCGCCGGCCUGCCUCCGUCCACGUCGCUGUUCCUCCAGAGCCCCAGGAUCUCGAAGGAGGAGAACAAGCCGCACAUAAGUGUGAUCCAGACCACGGGGCUGGCAGUCAGCAGCAGCCAUGCUCAGCCCCUCAGAGACGCUUGUCCUCUCCCCUCCAGGUCCUCACCCAAUCCGGUCUCCUUCUCCACCUCAUCCAAACAUGUGUCCUCCUCAGAUUCAACCAAGCACGUACCUUCACUGUCCUCGCCAAAGCACAGCUCGUUCUCUCCCUCCUCUCAGCCUCUCGCUCUCUGCUCCCCCAAGAAAUCCGUCCCCUCGUCGUCCUCUCCCAAACCUUCAGCUUUGGGUUCAAUCAACCCCUUUUCCCUGCCGGCUUUACCCAAACCGCCGGCUCAGUUACCCUCCAAAAAGCCCUCGAGCCAGACGUUUCUGAUGCCCUGUAGCCGGCUUGUUCAACCUGUCGAGGAAAGCAGAGGAAGCCUCCUGGACGGGGUUUUCAAAUCCAAACAGCCCCUCCAUCCCAAGGAUUCUGUGAAGCAGACGUUCCCUCCGCGACCAAAGAACCAAAGCUGCGGCGACAGUAACCUGUUCCUGACCCUCCACUCCAACGGAGCAAUCAGUGGCGCGGUUCAGGAUGCGCCUUUAGCGCUCAUCACCAAGCCCCAGCGCCAGAGCGGCACCCCCAACAGCAAGCCGCUGUUGGCAGCUUCCAGCCCCCCGUACCCGACGCCCAUGAACCUGAGCAUCGGCGGCAGGCAUCUGUCGGGCGCCCCUUCAUUCCCGCACAAAUCGUCGGCCUCGUCGGGGCCCGCUCCCAGGUCGAGAAAGAUGAAGACCCCCAAGACUGUGAACAUGAGAAAGACCCCCGUUAAAAGCAACUCGCUGCUGGCCAGAGGCAGUGAGUCUGACGUCCACAGCAGCAAAGACUCCGAUGACUCCUUAGGAGACGAUAAUGAUGACGAUGACGACGAUGAAGAUGAUAUCGAAGACGAGGACUCCGGCAGUAGCAUUUCAGAGCUGGAGAGCAAUCUGGAGAGCGACUCCGAUGGCUCCGAGGACAACGUCAAGGAGUGCAUGGAGGCGGAGGCCGACAGCGACGCAGACAGGACUCCUCCGAAAGGAGCUGAAGUCACGUCUGCUCCCAAGUCGUCCUCUUCCUCGGAACUCUCGGCCAACUGCUCCCUGCUCAACCUGCAGAUUCCCAAGACUCCCAGUUUGCACAGUGGUCUAGAGACCCCCACUACCAGCACCACAACGUGGAGUAAACACACCCCGUCCUACAGCUUUGCUCCGGUGCCAGGGUCAGGGAAGAGAAGAAGGGUGACGGAUGAGCGAGUUCUGCGAUUGCCUCUUGAUUUUGGGUGGCGGCGGGAGACUCGGAUCAGGACUGUGGCAGGUCGUCUGCAGGGGGAGGUGGCUUACUUUGCUCCAUGUGGGAAGAAGCUGCGUCAGUAUCCUGACGUAAUGAAGUACUUAGUCAGGAAUGGGAUAACAGAAAUCUCCCGGGAUAACUUCAGCUUUAGCACAAAAAUUAAAGUUGGUGACUUCUACGAAGCCAGAGAAGGAUCAGAGGGAAUGCGAUGGUUUCUGCUGCCCGAGGACGAGAUUGUCCCCAUCAUCAUCGCCAUGGACGGGAGGCGCAGUCGCCGCUCCAAGUUCGAGCCCCAGCCGCCGGGCGACGGCCGCGGGAUCAGACAGUGGAAAUCCCAUCCUCUGAACGUCGGCGAAAAAAGCUUCCCAGACGUCAGCGACGCCAAGUUGUUGCGUAAACUGGAGGCUCAAGAAAUAGCUCGACAGGCAGCUCAGAUCAAAAUGAUGAGAAAACUAGAGAAGCAGGCCAUGGCGCAAGCGGCCAAGGAGGCGAGGAAACGGCAAGCAUUAAUCGCUGCUGAGGAGAGACGGAAAAAGAGGGAGCAGAUAAAGAUUCUCAAACAGCAAGAGAAGAUCAAGCGCAUUCAGCAAAUUCGUAUGGAGAAAGAACUCCGUGCACAGCAAAUUCUUGAGGCAAAAAGAAAGAAGAAAGAAGCGGCGGCCAACGCCAGAAUACUGGAAGCUGAAAAACGAAACAAGGAGAAGGAGAUCCGACGACUGCAAGCCGUCAUACUAAAGCACCAGGAGUUGGAGAGGCAUAGACUAGAUAUGGAGAGAGAAAGACGCAGGCAGCAUAUGAUCCUCAUGAAAGCUGUGGAGGCCCGGAAGAAGGCAGAGGAGAAAGAGCGUCUGAAGAAAGAAAAGAAGGAUGAGAAGCGGCUGAACAAGGAGAGGAAGCUGGAACUCAGAAGGCUGGAACUGGAAAAAGCCAAGGAGUUGAAGAAGCCGAACGAAGACUUGUGUUUAGCAGAUCAUAAGCCCCUCCCAGAGCUGUCCCGCAUCCCCGGGCUGGUCUUGUCCGGACGGACCUUCUCGGACUGCCUGAUGGUGCUGCAGUUCCUGCACAGCUUCGGGAAGGUUCUGGGUCUGGGCUUCGAGAGUUCAGACGUGCUCACCGCGAGCGACCUUCAGGAGGGUUUACUCAACGCCGGGCCGGGCAUGAGCCUGGUGCAGGACCUGCUGGUUAACAUGCUCUCUGCAGCUCUGCGGGAUCCCGGGAUGCCAGCAGGUCACAAGAGCAAGACCAUCUUGGGGGACCACUUGACUAAUGUGGAGCUCAACCGAGACAACGUGUCUGAGAUCCUGCAGCUGUACAUGGAGGCUCACUCCGAGCAGACCGAAGCGGCCGUCAGCCUCAGGACGAAAGCUUUCCAGGCCCACAGUCCGUCACAGAAGGCCUCCAUGCUGGCGUUCCUGGUUAAUGAGCUUUGCUGCAGUAAAGCUGUGAUCAGUGAAAUCGACAAAAGCAUUGAUUACAUGACCAACCUGAGGAAGGAUAAGUGGGCUGUCGAAGGAAAGCUUCGCAAGCUGAGGAGCGUCCACGCCAAAAGGACGGGGAAGAAAGACGGCGGCGCAGGAGCAGAGGACAACACCGCCUUCACCCUCCCCACCAUCAGAAACAAGCGCAAGAGAAAAGACGGGGACAGCGAGGAAGAGGAGGACGAAGAGGACGACAGUGACGACCAGGGAGACGAGGACGAGGACGAGGAGGAAGAGCCGGGAGGAAAGAAAGGAAAGAAAGUGGAUAUAUGCGACGAGGAGGAUGACAGCGUUCAUUCCGCCAGCAUUGAGGAGCUGGAGAAGCAGAUCGAGAAGGUCUACAAGCAACAGAGUCAGAUUCGGCAGAAGAUGCUCGACUCGUCUCACUCCCUGCGCUCGGCGAUGAUUGGCCAGGACCGAUACAAGAGGCGCUACUGGGUCCUUCCACGCUGCAGCGGCAUCUUUGUUGAAGGCUCGGAGAGCGCUGAAGACUGUGAAGAGAUGGAGGAGGGGAAACAGCAGAAAGCUGCUGAGGGGAUCAAGGUAAAAGAGGAGCGCCUGGAAGAGACAAACGAGCCAGGAGUGUCCAGCACGAGCACAAACAGCGAUAAACCCGUGCCAGAUUUCCAGAAGGACAAAGACAAUCUCUUCCUUCAAAAACCUGGCUCCCUAUCUAAGCUCAGCAAACUGCUUGAAGUGGCCAAGAUGGCUCAAGAUUCCGCCAUCAAUUCUCAAAACAGUCGUUCUGCUGAAGUUUUCACCGGUGCACCUUAUCCCUUAUAUCCUACCUCACAGACAGCCACCACUCAGCAGGGACCGAUAGAUAAAACAGAUGCCUUGGCACCGUCCCUGCUCGCUGAUAGCCAGCUCAAAAGCAGCCAAUGGAUGAACCGGAGCCCUCAGUCCGUCCUUCACUACGACCAGCUGUCCAAGAUACUGACGGAAAAAAACAACCAGUGGUUCAGCCUCCUGCCUCGCUCCCCCUGCGACGAGUCGUCUGUGACGUCUGGCUCCAGUCCUCCGGCUUCCUCCCCCCCACAGCCCGUCAGGACCAACUCCCCCGCCGUGCUUUCCUCUAAUCCUGCAGCUGGAGCCGACUGCAAAACUGGGAUCGAUAAUAUGCUGUCGCCUAUCCAUCAGCAAGUGAAGUCUAGUAUCCAUCAGAGCAGACUGCCACUGUGCGACGUGUUCGGCCCCGCAACUACUCCGAGUCUGCCCUUCUCUGGCACUCCUCAAUCACCCGUGCUGGAUCGCGCCUCCCAGCAUGCCGAGGGCGACGGAAACAAGGCGAACGGCGACACUGUCAACGGGAGCAGGACGCCAGCGCCCCCAGCCGACAACCUCACUUGUGCUCCGUUCCCCGCCGUCGACGUGGUCAAGACCCAGGAUUACUGCACUCCUCAGCCCAUCCCGGAGGAGAUGCUGCGGGGCUGGUGGACGGUGUCGGACAUGGAGAAGCUGCAGAGCCUGGUCAAGGCGCUGCACAGCCGAGGCAUCAGAGAGAAAGUCCUGCAGAAGCAGAUCCAGAAACACAUGGAGGACAUGACUCUUCCCUGCGCAGACAGCAAAUCCGCAAUUGAUCUAACAGAGCUGGAAAAGCAGAAGCUAAGCAGGAAGGCGGUGGAGGACUGGUGUGUGGAGGAGCAUGCCAUGAAGGUGGACGUCGCCCUGCUGCAGCAGGUCGAAGCUCUGGAGAGGAAAGUCAUUGCUGCCGGCCUGCAGGUCAAGGGCUGGAAGCGCCCGGAGCCCCAGUCAGACCGCGAAGAUCUGGUCUAUCACGAGCACAAGCCCUUUCCUUCCCCGCCUCUGCCGAACAAGGGCCAGAGAGACAGCGGCCAGGAGGAGUUUCCCGGGUCCGUAGUGCGACGACUCGACAGUCCCCUUGACAUCGCCGUCACCCGCCUGGCCGAGCUGGAGAGACACAUCGAGCGAAGCAGCGAGGAGGAGGCGGUUCCAGGGAUGAGGCUGUGGCGCAAAGCCGUGGGUCAGGUCCACAGCUCGGCUCAGCUGUCGCUCUGCAUCCAGCAGCUGCAGAAAUCCAUCGUCUGGGAGCGAGCCAUCAUGAAAGUGCACUGCCAGCUCUGUCAGAGGGGAGAUAAUGAGGAUCUGCUCUUACUUUGUGACGGCUGUGACAAGGGCUGCCACACUUACUGCCACAAACCCAAAAUCAUCACCGUACCUGAGGGAGACUGGUUUUGCCCUACUUGCGUUCUGAAGGAAAGUGGUCAGUCCCCUCCGAGUCGGAAGCAGCAGAGCCGAACAGCUGGAGGGGGGAAGAGGGGCAGCGAUGUAAAACGAAAUGGUAAGCCAUCUGUGGUGGGAGAGCUCAUCAGCGAGGAGGAUGCCAGCAGCGUGCCAAAGAAAGGGACCAAGGAGUUCAAAAAGAGGAGACGAGACGACAGCCCGCCCCUCUCCCAGGCCAAGUACGACGGCCCCGUCUCAUGCGCUAAGAAAGCCAAACCUCACAAGGACGACAAGAAGGACUUGGCAACGUGCCGAGUCCUGCUGGCUGAGCUGGAGACCCAUCAGGACGCCUGGCCCUUUCUCAAACCCGUUGACCUCAAAGCUGUUCCUGGAUACAGAAAAGUUAUCAAGAAGCCCAUGGACUUCUCCACCAUCAGGGAAAAGCUCAACAACAGCCAGUACUCCAGUCUGGAGACGUUCAUCAUUGACGUCAACCUGGUCUUCGAUAACUGUGAGAGAUUUAACGAGGACGACUCUGAAAUCGGCCGAGCCGGCCACAACAUGAGGAGGUUCUUUGACAAACGGUGGACUGAGCUGCUGCAGUGAACCUCUGCUGAUCUUUACAUGCCAGACUUCACCCCAGGAAAAAAAGCACUUAGUGAAUUUGGAUCUUCAAGUGCAAUAUUGUUUUCUUGA